AUGCCAAUCACAACAAACUUCUCCCUUCCUGCCUCUGCCGAUCUUCUAGAUCUUCCCAACUCCGUCUUUUUCAUUUCAUUCCACGCCUCUCCUGAUCCAAAAACUGGGGUGCCUUGGUGCCCUGAUGUUGUUGCCGCGAUCCCAUAUCUCCGGGAGACCUUCGCUGCUCAGAACGUACCAGAGGUGGCCUUUAUCGAUGUUGGAGAGCGACCUGAAUGGAAGAACCUUUCAAAUGUUUACCGAACAAAAUGGAAAAUUACCAAUGUCCCUACUCUAGUUAGAUAUGAGCGUGUUGGUGGGAAAGUGAAGGAGGUUGGCCGCUUGGUUGAGGGAGAAAUUCUAGAUCGAGCGAGACUCAACAGAUUUGUUGGCAAUAGAGAGGCUCAGAUUUAA